CAAUCAAGCCUGUUGGCAACCAUGUUAGACAGGCCUAAAGUUACCUGAGCUCAUGACUAGCUCCAUGUAUAAUUCAUUUCUCCAGUAAUCUACUCACCUAUAGAGGAGCAACCGGACUCCAUUGACCUGUCUGCCUAGCCUUGGAAAGAACCGACGUCCGCAGUGUUUGAAGUUGAGUUUAACAGGUAAUGGUCAAUGAACAUGACUGAACAAAGGCAACGAGCCCUGUCCACGUCAGGUGAGGCUUUAUACCAGAUACUCGGCCUUGACAAGAACUGCACCCAUGACGACAUCAAGAAAUCGUACAGGAAACUUGCUCUAAAAUAUCACCCUGACAAGAACCCUGAGAACCCAGAGGCUGCUGAGAAAUUCAAGGAGCUUAAUAAUGCACACUCUGUGCUGUCUGACGUCACGAAAAGGAACAUUUACGACAAGUACGGCUCUUUGGGUCUGUACGUUUCGCAGCAGUUUGGAGAAGAGAAUGUGAACACAUAUUUUAUGCUCUCAAGCUGGUGGGCCAAGGGUCUAUUUGCAAUCUGUGGCUUGCUGACGGGCUGCUAUUUCUGCUGCUGUCUGUGCUGCUGCUUCAACUGCUGCUGUGGAAAGUGUAAGCCUCGCACUCCUGGAGAGGAAGACCCAGAGUGUUAUGUGUCUCCUGAGGACCUGGAAGAGCAGAUCCGCACAGAUGUAGAGAGGGAUGGCGACACUCCUGUUAUGCAUCAGCCAACCAAUGCCAGUGAGAAGACCCAAUUGAUCGGGGAUGGACACAGAACGUACACCUGAGACAAAAACAUGACAAAAACACAUGAUAGACAGCAAUUUCUCACAAACUUAGAUUUGAUUAGUCGUUCAGUAUCUUUUAUCUCCUAACUUUUAAUACAGGAAUGUGAUGCACACCUGACAAUGCGUUAGUCUACUGUUGUCUUCAAUCAAUGCUGUCUGUAAAUAACUUAUAAAUUACUAUUCCAGUGAUUUUUUUGUGCAUAUAUAAAUAUUUAAGAUUGAUAAUAUUGUGAUGUUGAUGAUAACGACUCAUGUUCAGUACAUUAAGGAAUAAAAUACACUAGUUUUCAC